GCAGCGAUAUCACCACCAGUGUACCGGAUUUGUGCCGGUUCAUUCGUGUUGCUUCGUAGUGUGUAUUUUUUCCUGUUUGUGCGUUUUGGUAGUUAUGUGUCUGUAGGGGUAUCUCGUCUUCGUUCCUUCUUUCGAAUCGUUUCCGUUAGGUUCAUGUCAGCGACUCUGGCCGGGGCGCCGCCCUUCCCUUCCUCGUCUACGUGCAUCGGUGCCAACCCUGUCCACAGCAGUACGAGCGUCGUCUACGCACGUCGGGAUGGCCGCACCGCCCUCGAAAUGCGCGGUAAGGAAAUGAAGUUGUCAGAGAUGGUCGCAUUUGACGGGAGCAGCUGGUACGCCCAGGGCCAAACUGCCGUCACCGUCUCUCUCCACGGACCCACGCUCGCCAAGAGCGAGGUGUACGACACGUGUUUGGUGCGGGUACGCGUCCAGCACGCACGCGGGCGGACACCAGCCGCCGGCGGUGCCGAGCGAGCCGUCUUCGAAGAGGUGAAACUGGAGCUGCUGACCCGCCGGGAUGCGAUGGAGUUGGCCUCCUUGCUGGAAUCCACCAUCGAUGCCGUGUUCAUGCGCGAGCGUUUCCCCCGUUGCGUUCUUGUGGUUGAUGUGGUGGUGAUGCAGGAUGAUGGGAGCCUGCCGGCAGUCGCGCUGAACGCGACAAUGUGUGCGUUGCUCGACGCCGGCCUGCCGUGCCGGACAACCAUGGCCGCCGUCAGCGUGGUAGCGUUGAGCCGUGCACAACACAGCAGCAGACACGAUGGAAAAGGCGGGGGCGCGGCGCCGGCGUCACCUUCGUGGCUUUCCUCGUCCACCGUAGGCGCAGGAGGAACAUCAGGCGCGACUGCUGGUGCCGACGUAGCCGGCAGUGCGGUGGAGUUCCUUCUGGAUCCAACGAGAGUGGAGGAGACCCUCAGCAGUGGCGACGACAACACCGCUGUCGUCAGGGUCGAGAAGGACGACAUCAGCGGGUCUUCAUCCUCCGCCUCUGCCCCCGCUGUUGGUGGUGGCAGCCGCCUGUCGCUCCCCGGCAAGGAUGCCGCACAGGCACUGCAGGAGCAGUACAGUUGUGUCAGCACUGGCGUUUUUGUGUUCUCGAACCCGGCGUGUGGAGGUGGGUUGUUGGGGCAGCUGGUGCGACGACGAUGUGAUGGUGAUGGCCGUGAUGGUGGCUCUGCCGGGGCCAUCGUAUCGCUGGAGGCCUACGGGCAGAUGAUGGCGCUGGCGGAGCGCGCCGCAGCGGUGCUGUUUGAGUUCUUCCGUCAGUGCAACGUCGCGGAGUAG